AUGCAGAUAACCAUUGCUUCACCUAAGAUUUCGAUUCCGAUCCAGCCGUGCAAGAGACCCUGUCAGACAAACUCUUCUGUUCCAAAUACAUAUCACUUCGAGAAUGGAAGAUCUCCAAUCAAAGUUAAACUUACACUCCAUAAUGAUAAUGAUGAUUUUGAUGCUGAUCGCGCUACUGCUCUGUUUGCACAAAUUUCCAAUGUUGAAGAUCUGUCUCUUAGUCUCAAGGGUCACACUGCUUCCUGCUUGCCUGAGUUUGUCAAACUGAGUCGAUUGGUGCUGGUUCUGCAUGGUUUCAAUUACUGGGAGUUUCUUAUUGAAUGUCUCAGGAGAUGUCCUAAUCUUAAACAUCUGAUCUUAGAACUUAAGGACAAUAAAUGGCGUAGCACAGAUGACGGGCUAGAAUGGGAGUUUUUCAAUCCACUUGAGUGUCCUGCUUGUUUGGUGUCUCACCUCCAGACCAUCUCCAUAAAAGGCUUCAAGGGACAACAGGAUGAGAUGGACGUAGCCCAGUUUUUAUUAAAGAAUGGUGUAGUUUUGAAUACAAUGAGUAUCCACACUGUGAGUGAGGUUCUUCUGUCUAUGAAGGAGGACUUACUCAGGAAACUUCUGGAAUAUGUUGGGAGUUCAAAGUCUCGUGUUAUCUUCGCGGAUUGA